AUGUCGCUUCAUCAUCUUGGAAUGGAAAAAAUCCUUGAAAAACAGCAAAAACGUUUCACAAAAAAAUGAAAAACCAUCUCCGUAUUAUUCUCACCUCCCCCACCUUUCACUCCUUUCCAACGCACACACAACCCUCACCAAAAAUCAAGUUUCCGCAACAACCUCAACGGAUCCCCGGACUUUCAACCCUAAACCCCUUUGCGGCUUAUAUGGAGUACUUCAAAAGGUUGUUUCCGAGUAUGAUCUUCCUCUCAUGUUUUCGCCCAUGAAGCUAACAGGUGUUCAUGUGGAUGUAUGCAUAAGAAGAAUGGGAUUUUAAGCUCAAAAUGGACUGCAAUAUAAGAAGAAGAAGAAUCCAUUAAGUAAAAGAGGAUCUUAAAUGUUAGUGUAGCAGGUAAGGUAUAUACAUAAAAAAUCCCACUAUAGUUUUACGUACUCUCAUAAUAUGAAAAGUGAUGUUUUUUAGUGUUG